UACAUGGACACGUGUAGGUUUUGGCCUGAAUUCUAAUUAUGAAGCUGUACCGUUUACCUGGCGGGCAUGGGUCAUCUAUUUAACAGGGAGUGAUAACCCCAUCGUUUCCCCGCCUGAUAACGGCACGUGCGGCACCAUACACACACAUGACCUUGCCCGCGUCUAUGGAGAAAGCGGAAGUGUCGACGAAGGACAUCAGCGCCAGCUAACACAGCGAGUAAUAGAUAACCAGCAACACACGUACAAUGUUCCAACAUGUUCCAGUUUAACAUCAUGUCGUGUUGACCCCACAACGCUUGAUUCUGGCGUGUUGUUCAGUUAGUGUUUGGUCAAAUGAAGUAUAUUUUCAACUAAUAUCAACAAAACCACGGAUGCUGCAGUAAUUACUAUACGGGAUGUAUUUAGAUAACAUCCUUUCCACCCUGGAACGUUCGCUGUCGGAAUCUGCCAGCCAGAGAGAGCAUCUCCAGGAUAUAACAGACGAAUGUGUGUCGGACAUACACAGACGAACGGGGUUUCUGCACGCUGCCAUUGACGAGAUAGAUAAAACUUUGACUAAACGUGUUCUAGACUUACAGGACACUGAAUUACACAGGCUGGCUAAACACGAACAACAAAUACAAAAAACCCUGGUAGAGUUUUCGUCUAGAAAGGCGGCAUCGAACAAACGGUGUACGGAGUUAACUUGCCACGAUCCCGUAAACACUUCCUACCACGAGGAGGAGUUAUUGGACGAAGAGCUUAUACAAGUUCAAAAGCUAACUGAUCUAGAACGGGUUUGUCUGACGUUUAAAUCGGCAAGUGUUUCCCAGGAUGAUCUCAGUCCGAUGUUUGGAUCGAUAGAAUAUUUUCAUAUAACUCUACCGUCCCCAAUCUCGACAGAAUCACAUGCACCAGUUCAGUCCCCGAGGUUCUUGAUCAAAAGAUUUGCUAACUUUAAUUGCAAUGAAAGCUCACCCAACAUCCACGCGCUAUUGCCUAUUUCUGCGACCGAGGCUUGGAUUUGUUGUGGUUGGGGGAGCAAAGACAUUCAUCUGUACGAUAUCGACGGUUCUACGAAAGCGUCCUUGACCUUGGAUGUCGCAGUUGACCACAUGGUUAUGACGUCAUGCGGAGAUUUACUAGUUUCUACCUACAACGGCACUGUGAUAACUCGAAUUGAUGAACAUCUUCAGAUGACGAAGUUCGCAACCCUCAACUUUAUUCCUCGAGGUAUGACUGUAUCUGAUUCGCGGGAAAUAUACAUCUGUGGUGUCGAGAGGAUCCCGGGAAAGAGCGAAAGCAACCGUUAUUUGAUCGUCAAGAUGUCGGAGGAGGGUCACGUGAUCUCUGACAUCGACGUUGCACCACAUGACCCUCACCGAAUCGCCGUGGACUCUAACGGGAACAUGUUUUUCUCUGAUAACAACAAUAGUAGACGAGAGUUUGUUGUCAUGGAUUCUACUGGAAAUGUCAAGGUCACAUAUAACGCGCCCCCUGACGACCCUCUCGAUAACCCGUUUUACCCUCUCGGUGUCACACGUGACCGAUACGGACACGUGCUUGUGUCGGACUGGAAUAACGACUGUAUCCAUUUACUGGAUAAAAAUGGACACUUCGUCCGGUUCUUGCUCAGUUCCGGGGACGGUGUGGAGUGUCCUUCAGCUCUCGGAAUAGACCGGGAACACAGACUCUGGGUCGGGAACGGGAUUGGGAGUGUUAACGUUUACCAGUACGUUAUAUAGGAUAUCUGUUACGCAUGCUCAGUUGUCUAAGUUGUGUUUGCCAUACUUAACCGAGUCGUACUUAAACAGUUCCAGCGUAUGACCAUACAAGGGAGGUUAUCACUUGUAUAAUUCGUCCGUAGUAACAAAAUUCCCUUACUAACACAAGUAUCUGUUAGUAGAAUUAUCUGGAUUAAGAUAAAUCCCAAUAACGCUUUAACGAGGUUUGAAUCAAGGGUCUUUUUCAGAGAAAGAUAUGUAAUCGCUAUCAAAAUGCGAGAAUAAAUAUCAUAAUUUAUGUGCUAAAUGAUAAAAUAUAUACUUGGGUUUUACUAUAUAUUCUAGGUGUAAGUGACACUGUGAGAUAUGGCUCCUGCUAUUUCGUUAAGUUGUCUUUAAUUGUAUUUAAGUGAGACAGUUGGAAUACUGCCCAAAGUGACGAUUUACUGGCAAAGAUACAACUUGUCUGUAAAUGGGAACAACAUUAAUGGAAAAAUAUGGAAACUAAACAGAUAUCGAAGACGAAAACUUACUGACGGUAAGUUGUACUACUGUGUGAGAAUGGAGGAGCUUGGGUUUGUAAUUACGAUGUACUACUGUGUGAGAAUGGAGGAGCUUGGGUUUGUAAUUACUUUGUACAUUUUGUGGAACUUUUCUCAGGGAUUAACACGUUGGUACAUCGAAGCUACAUGGUCCCUCCAACUGCCUGACAACUGGGGGAGCCACGCUGAUGUUUACAGUCUAGUAAUCGAUCCUUGUUAUUUAGCCGAGAAGCAUGCACGAUGUAGUUUAAUGUCAUUUAAAUAAAUUUGACAUUCAGCAUCCCAAAUAAACGUCUUCUCAGA